UGAAAUCCGCCAUGUAACGAUCGCCAUGGAGCGACAUUAGAGGUUACGUUUAAACGUUGAUUAGCCGUGGUAGGAGAGUCGGAGAAAGACAAAGAGAGAGAGAAAGAGUCGAAAGUAGAAAUUGAAAUUGACCAAAAUGUGUAUAAGGAAGUCUGAACAAUAAAAAUAACGAUCAGAAAUGGACCCUGCGACGGUGAUAGCCCUUUGCAAGGAGAACAUCCAGCCGUUAAGGUACGGACGGAAUGCUACUCAAUUGGGAACUGCAUUGAGGGCACAAGAGGAUGUGGAUGCACAGCAGUUGUUGCUACAUGAGAAACAGAUGCAUGAGGAUGCAAUUAAGAAUUACGAAGGAGAGGAUCCUUUAGAGAAUUGGUACGAGUAUAUUCUCUGGGUGGAACAGAGUUAUCCAAAAAGUGGACACGAAUCCCAUAUUGGAAGACUCUUGCAGCAGUGUUUAGCGACGUUUGAAAAAGAUGUAAAAUAUCAUCAAGAUCGCAGAUUUAUACGUUUAUGGAUUAAUUAUAUAAGUAUGCAAAAGAAUCCUUUGGAAUUGUAUCAGUUGUUGCACAGCAGUGGUAUUGGAACUACAGUAGCAGACAUGUACAGGGCCUGGGCUUUUGAAUUAGAGCAAAUUGAGGAUGACAAACGUGCAGAUGAAGUUUACUUGAUGGGACUAUCUGUUCAUGCGGAACCAUUCGAGGAAUUAAGUCAUGCUCAUCAAAAUUUUCAAUUUGCUGUGGCACGCAAAACACUUGGGCGUAUUGAGGAAAGAAACGACGUUUCUUUAUAUGAACAACGCCAAGCUUUCAGUUCCUUAAGAGCGAUAAGAGCUGGUAAAAAAGUCGGCACUGUGCGAACAGGUCACCGUGUGCGCGAUUAUUAUCCUGGGACUGUACCUCAGAUUUCAUCUACACAGAAUACAAAGCCCAAUUCUAAAAUACAAAUAUAUCAAGAUGACAUACCUGAAGAAAUGAAGAGUUCAAGCAUAUUAGAUCAUGUGCCUAUAGAGGAUAUGGUACAUAAAGAAAAUACCAUCAAGCCUGGACCAUGGAAUAGUGGAAGCAAGAGAGGUCUAUUGAUAGCUCCUACUGUAAAAGCGGGCUUUAAAAUUCACGAAGAUCAGAAUGAUGAUGAUAACAUGGAAAAAAUUAAAUUAUUCCCAAAUCAUGUACCUUUUUAUGAUGGUAGUAAAUAUCAUGAUGGUUUAAGAGUACCGGUAUAUGUAGCAGAUCCAAUAGAUCCAAAUAUUGUACAAAAACCACAUUAUCCCAAAGAGUUAGUUUACGCCGAUAAUGCCGAUCGUAGUAUGGAAGAAAUUAGAGCACAGCUUUAUUUGGAAAGAAGAGUACAAUUUUUGGAAAAUAAACAUGAAAUGUCGAUGAUUUGUUUACGUGAGACCGAUGGACCCCAACUUAACAAUUAUGAGAACAUGUAUCAUCUACGAGAAAUGGAAGAGCAGAAGCUCAAUCAGCAAAGAAGAGAAGCUGAGAUCAAUAGGCAAAGACUUCAGGUCGAGCAACAAGAAUUGCAAAGGCAGUACGAAGUCGAGAAUCAGGUUUUAGAGACUCAACGACAGGAAGCUGAGCAAAGAGAAAGGGAAUUGCGAGAAAGAUUAGAGGCCGAGAGAAUUGAAGCCGAGAGACUAGAAGCCGAGAGGCUAGAAGCUGAGAGAUUAGAAGCUGAAAGACUAGAAGCUGAGAGACUCGAAGCAGAGAGACUCGAAGCCGAGAGACUCGAAGCCGAGAGACAACGAAUAGAAGCGGAAUUGAAUGCACAACGGAAAUUACAAUCGACAAACUUUAUGCAUCAGCAUCAUACUUCAUCUUUAGCUGUUGACAAUGAGGAACAUUUGCUCGGACAGAGUCUCACUGUAAACACGAAGGAAGCUAUUUCGGUUGUGCAAGAUUUAUGGCAAUCCCCAGAUGCGGCCGCUAAUGCUGCUUCGCGUUUUCGUAGUCCUCUCGUCGCAUCCAGAAUGAUAGAUUCAAGAAACAAAUUGCCGUUUGACAUACACAUGGAUAGCUCUAUGACUCAACAUGCGAUGUCUAGUAAUAAGCAUCAAGGAUACAAUGUACAGGUUUAUAAUGAUCAAGAAAAUCAUCAAAGUUAUCAUACUUAUUCUGGUCAGGAUCAGCAUGUUGCAUAUGGGAAUCACAAUUUGCAAAACAGUUAUCAUUAUCAGAUGCAGCAACAUCAUGAUCAAGUGCAGCAGUCGCAUCCUCGACAGCAUCAUCCUCAACAUCAGCAUCAUUCCCAACAUCAGCAGCAUCCGCAACAUCAUCAGCAGUUGAUUCCACCGCAUCAGCAAAUGCAUGCUGUGCAUCAUCAAUCUCUUUCUCAUCCGCAACAUUUACAACCAUCUCACAGCCAAAUGCCUCAUCAUCAAUCUCCACAUAUUCAUCAGCAUCAAUCUCCUCACACUCAUCAUCACCAAUCUCCACAUAAUCCUCCUCAUCAUCAUCAUCAUCAAUCACCACAUAAUCAUCAGCCAUCACACAAUCAUCAUCAGACACCACACAAUCAUCAUCAGUCACCACACAGUCAUCAUCAGUCACCACACAAUCAUCAUCAGUCACCACACAAUCAUCACCAGUCACCACACAAUCAUCACCAGUCACCGCACAAUCAUCAGUCUCCCCAUAAUCAACAUAUUCUACAUUCUCAGCAACCGCAACAUAUGCAUCAACAUAUGCAACAUAUGCAGCAUCCCGUUUACAGUAACAUGUUGUCCCAUGAUAUCAGUUAUCAACAAUAUCCAACAUCAAUGGAAGCCUCUAUGCUACAGAAUAUAGAUUCGCAGAAACAAUUACAUUUCUCUCCUUAUACUGAUCCUGAUAUUGAAACGAGCAAACCAUACAGAAUGCCACCCGAGUUACCCUACAUCAAAUCGCCCGGGAUGAAUCGUAAAGAUAUUAAAUAUCUCGAAAGUGCAGAAGACAAAGAGAAUGCUAUCAUUGUGGAUUAUAAUGGCCCGCUUGAAGAAAAUAUGAUACCCAAACCGGACGAGAAUAACCUUUAUAUUGACGAAAGCUUAGGUAUAGCUCCUCUUUCGGCUACCAACGAGACGUGUUUUACAGAAGCGUUUAAUGCGCCGUUAACAAGCUCUACUCCAAUGACCAAUCAUUUCAAGUACAGAAUGAAAGAUGACUCACAAUUUUCAAAUCAGAAUACUGUGUCUCAGCCAGUUGCAGAAAUACCUAAUACCGAAGGUGAUGAUAAAUUAAGCGUGAUAUUGGAAUCCACACGAGAGUAUGUAUCAAGCAGUUCUGGUAGCAGUAAUUAUACCAAAACAACUGGACUGACUUUUGCAUUAACGAGGGAAGAUAUGGUUCCUUUUAAAGAACCUGUAGAUACAAUUGUAGAAGAGGAGUCCAAUGAGUCCUUGUUGUCUGUGAAUCAACCUUACGAACAGAAGCAGUAUGCGCAAAUCCAGGCUGUGCAUGCUCAAAGUCCGCGCACAGUACAACGACACGUUGAUCAAAUCACAUCUGAGAUAAAGAAUAAUUGUGAUCUAAGAAAGUCUAUCAAUUUACAACUUAAUGAAGAGGACAAUUCAAAAAAAAUUGAUACCAUGGAGUGUGAAGAGCAUGAACCUAUGGAACAAGUAGAGGAAGAGUGUUUCGAGCUCCCAUCGAGAGAUAUAAAUCCAUUUGAUAAAAACUUGAUAGCUGGCCUACUGAAAAAUCUAAAAUUUCCACAACCCCAUCAUGCAGAUGGAUACAAAAGAAUAGAUAUCAAUUUAAAUAAGAUUGUGCCUUCUACCAUGAUUACGCUUGAUACCGAAGCGUAUGAUUUGGAAAAGUGCCUUGGAAAAGGAAUGUAUGGAACAGUUUUUAAAGCGGUCAAUUUACAAACAAACGAAACUGUUGCCCUUAAAACACAAAGGCCUGCAUGGGUUUGGGAAUAUUAUAUUGUACGAGAAAUAAAAGCGCGUCUCACAAAUCCACAUAUGUUACGUGGUUUUAUGGAUGUAACGAUGGCAUAUGUGGCCAACAAUGGAAGUGUGCUAGUUUCGGAAUUUUCUAAGUUCGGAACGUUAUUAGCUGUGACCAAUCAAAUAAAAAUUGCUACUGGCAAACCUUUGAUGGAAGCUUUAACUAUUUUCUUCACAAUUGAAAUGCUUCAAAUCGUGGAGUACUUACAUAAAUGCCAAAUAAUACAUGGGGACAUAAAGCCAGAUAAUUUUUUAUUAAUGCGACCACCUACGCAGGAUGUAAGACCAACUAUACAACUGAUAGAUUUUGGAUGUAGCAUAGACAUGAAACUGUUGCCAGAAAAUACAACGUUUACGCAAGUUAUAAAAACUGAAGAUUUUACAUGUAUUGAAAUGCAAACUGGAAGACCAUGGACAUAUCAGACUGAUUUGUAUUGUCUAGCGGCGACCAGUCAUUGUUUAUUAUUCGGCAAUUAUAUGAGAGUAUCUAAUGUAGGCGGCCGUUGGUUUAUUGCCUCGAAAUUGCCAAGAUACGCUAAGAAAGCCGCUUGGGAACAAUUUUUCACGGAGUUAUUAAAUAUUGAAUCGUGCGAGAAAAUGCCCGAUUUAGCGAAAUUAAGAAACAUAAUGGAGGAGACACUGGCACAAAUGCCAGAGGCACAAACGAAAUUUCGUACUUUCGUCAAUAUCCUCAACAAACGAUAACGCUUGCUGUAUCUGAUGAUAUGUUCCAAUGUGUACACAUAUUUAGCAAAGAACCAACGUGUAAUAAGAAACAUUAAUGUUAUUGUGCUAUUUAUUAUAAAGAAGUUAAUACUACAGUGAGAUAAAUAUAUGUAUCUACACAGUUACAACAUACAAAAAUGCACUUUACGGCCUGCUUUGUGGAGGCUUUACCGAUAUAUAUUCGUUGCUUGCACAUAAUCGACAUUAUUAGGACCACUGUGCAACGAGUCUAACCCCUCCAAAUUGUUUCAGAAACUUGCGAGAUAUGUGAAAAUUUAUAACGGUCGAGAUUUUGGAAAUGUACUUGUUAGCUCUCAAACAACGCAUGCGCUCGCUACACGCGUUACGAAGGAAUGAUUGUACGAUAUGAUUAAAAAGUCUCACAAAACUUUAAAUCUGUAAAAAUGAAUAGUACAAUAUGCGUGUGAUACGGUAUGGAUUCAAUUUGCAAGAUGGCAUGCAGAAGUGCAUAAAUGCAUGCACUGAGUACUUGAGUACCUUGUAUAGAUAAUUAAUGUAUAUGUAAUCAUUGUAUAUUUAAAAUAGAUUUUGACUCUAAGCCAUUCGAUUCUAUUAUCAUCGAGUUCAUUUUGCUUUCUGAUAUUCUCCGAAAUGUACGAAAAUAUACCGUGUCAAUGAUGUUAACUGUUUGUUUCAAACAUUCUUCCCAAAUAUAUCAUUAAUUAUGAAGAGAAAUGAAAUAGUUUUAUUGCAAACGGCGGCAUACGACAACGUACUAUAUAUAAGGGAUACAGUUUUAAUUUGGAUAUGUGCAGGCUUAUUUUCGAGUGUCCACUAAACAGGCCUUUUCUGUAGUAUGUAAGUUAAGACUUCCUAAAUAUAUACAUAUGUGCAUAACAUAAUGAAUGGGAAGAUGUCGAAGUUGCGUUUUGAUCUUAGAUUUUAUAAAGAAUUGCAAGAACUUUUGGUUGUCUCUUAAAGCGUAAAUAUUAAUAUUAAAUUAUAUAUACAUACACACACGGGACCAGUGUAUGUAUAUAUUUAAAUAAAAUAAAUUAUAAUCGACAACCUAUCGUUCUUGUUUAAAAAUUUAUAAGAAUAUGCCUUAUUUUAAUUGUGUAACGUGAAGAAAAAGAAUGAUGUUCAGAUAAAAGCCCAUAUAAAGCUUUAAAAACAGUUGAGAUAUUAAGUGAGAUACAUUUAUUAAAAUCGAUAACACUACGAUAUAAAUAUGUGUGCAUACACACACACACACACACACACACACACACACACAUGCAUACACGUAUAUAUUUAGAUUUACCUUUGAUCACUAAAAUUGCAUGUUAUGAUGUCAAUCUACCUGCAAUCUUAAAACCUCAUGUGUAUAAUAGCUUUACAUGGAUUUGUAAAAUAUUACGGAAUUUCCAAUAUCGUACACAUAUUCCUGUUAUUUAAUUUAAUCAAUAUAAAACAAUCUCUGUAAUAAAAAUUCAGCGUUAAUUUUGAGCAAAUAUAAAUAUUUUAUCAUUAUUAAUUUUAUAAUCAGAAAUAUUUGAGAAAGAGUAAAUGUUGCAGGCUUAUAUUUUACUUAAAUUUUUUUUUUAAAUAUCUAAUAUAGAAUAUAGUUUGGGAAAGUUUCUGAUCUUUUCAUGGAGCCUUCAAGAAAAAUUCAAAUUUUAAUGGUGAUAUAUAAUGGAAUCUGAUUGUAUAUGUCUAUAUAUAAAAAAUCAAUCACAAACAAUAAUAGUCAAGUGAAUAGCAGUUAGGUAACGGAUAGAGCAUAGUGGAACAGAAAUUUGAUGGAUGUAGCCGAUGAUCUAUUGAAGAAUUAAACUGUUAAACGGCCACAGAAAGAACGGAAUAACAAUAAAAAAAAAUGCUGUAUUUGUAAUAAA